AUGGUCAAUGAAAUUGCCAAGUAUCGGGUGUUCAGCACCAUUGAUCUCCGUAGUGCCUACCACCAACUGCCACUCAAAGACGAAGACAAACCUUAUACUGCCUUCGAAGCUCGCAAUGGUCUUUAUCAGUUCACCCGGUUGCCCUUUGGUGUUACCAAUGGGGUGGCCUGUUUCCAAAGGGAAAUGGUUAAGUUGGUCUAGCAGCACGCCCUUAAUGGAGUUUUCCCCUACCUUGACAACAUAACCAUAUGUGGCAAAGACCAAGAAGACCAUGAUGAAAAUCUGGAAAGAUUCCUUGAAGCUGCAAAGUGCAAGAAUGUCUGUUACAAUGAUGACAAGAGCAUUUUCUCAACGAGAUGUCUCCCUCUCCUUGGGUAUUUAAUUGAAGAAGGCAACAUCCGUCCCGAUCCUGAGCGUCUACGACCUUUACGCGACCUCCCCAUCCCUCAUGAUUCGAAAUCCUUGAAGAGAUCCUUAGGAUUGUUCUCCUACUACUCACAGUGGAUCCCCGAGUACUCUGACCGAAUCAAGCCAAUUACUAAUUGCAAGUCAUUCCCACUGUCACAGCAAGCUGUUCAAGCAUUUGAGAGUCUCAAGAAGACGGUGGAAGAAGCUGUUGUUGCUGCUAUUGAUAAUAGCAUUCCAUUUGAGGUCGAGACAGAUGCAUCUGAUGUAGCGUUAGCAGCCACUCUUAACCAGAACGGAGGACCUGUUGCUUUCUUCUCGCGAACCCUGCAGAGCAGUGAGAUCAAACAUGCAUCAGUAGAAAAAGAAGCACAAGCUAUUGUUGAAGCAGUAAGACACUGGAAACACUUCUUAACUGGAAGGCAUUUUACCCUUGUAACAGAUCAGAAAUCCGUGUCGUACAUGUUUGACCAACGCCACAAAACGAAGAUCAAAAAUGAUAAGAUCAUGCGAUGGAGACUCGAGCUCUCUUGUUACAGCUUCAACAUUAUCUACCGACCUGGAAAGGACAACAUUCCACCUGACACCCUUUCCAGAGCCACAUGCGCCACCACUACACAAGAUUCUCUCCACAAGCUUCAUGAGUCACUUUGUCAUCCAGGAGUAACCCGGCUUUACCAUUUUGUGCGAACCAAGAACCUGCCUAGGUGUAAUAUUACCUGUAGGUAGCUAGUCUUGUGACCAUCAACAUUAAUAUCAGUAAGUAAAAGAAUAAAUGGAUUAAAAACGGCGGUAAAUCGUUCUUUGAGGCGUGUUAUUCAUGAAUAUUGCACUGAUGAGGGAUGUUUAGUCUAAACGUCCCUCGUCAACACCUGGCAGAUUAGGUUUAGAAAUAAAUAUCCCUCAUCUAAUAUCCAUGCAGAGGGAAAUACGACAGUAAUUGUUCCUGUUAAGACAAAAGAAAUCCAGGAUACCAUGUAAUCCCCGAGCCGACGGCGCGAAGCGCCGUGCGAGGGUACUAAUCCCCCCCGGCUAUUCACACCCGAGGAAACAAAAGCAUUUAAUAGCGAAGUCUAAAGUUCGCCAAUGAUCGCGGGCGUGGCUCACCGUGCGUGGGUGGUCAUCCUUCACUGGGUUAUCCUCACUGAUCUCAAAAAUAUGGCAGACUGUCAUGAAUAGCGAACACUGUGAUUGGUCCAAUUUAAAGUUUGCAUUAUAACGACUUCAUGACGACAGCGAAAUAGCAAACAUUUCUUGAUUUGAUGAUUGACAAAUUUCUUCCAAAUAUAUUUCAUUUUUGCUCGCAUCUUUGCAAGAUUUUGUAAAUUACAAGAAAGAAAGGGCGAUAGCAGAGGCGCCGGAAUAUCGAUAAUAGCGGGGGCAGAUAUUCAUAUAUUCGUGUUCACAGACUGUAAAAACAAUCGAUUUCAAAAGAAAUUAAUUGGGCAGAACACGAAUAUAUGAAUAUCUGCCCCUCCAAUUAUCGAUAUUCCGGCGCCUCUGGGCGAAAGAAUCGGCUAAAAGAAGGGAGCCGACAUUAACGAAGGUAAGUUUGUUUUAAAUAUUGAUUUUAUAAUUGCUUUAAACCACGAUGGCCUUUGCGUAUAUGAAACACAGGUCUCCCGAAAAGGUCUUUUAUUUUAAAAAAAUCCAUACAAUUUGCUUUAAAAUGCAAUGCUUUGACAUGCAAUGCUUCAAUGUACAGUAAAACCUCUAUAUUUUGUAUUACAUGAAGUACGUGUAACAUCACAAUAGCGUGGUGUCAUUAUGUAAUAUAUAUUCCCAAGGUUGGCAACUAAAUACAAAUUUAAAACUGUAUACACAAACUUAAUGACGAAAAAACUCCUACAUAAACAUCGAAAUUCGUUAAAAAAACUAACUCACUAUGGUAAGAAAUAACUGUAAUACUUCUAUAUUGUGUUUUCAGUCUUCUCUCAUCACUUUUAAACGAGUUAAUUUUGCGAAAAUUCCGAGGAAAAUGGCUCAAUUUGGUCAAAACUAUGCGGGAUGACUGCUCCCGGCGUUACGUCACAAAAUAAAGCUCUCUGAUUUGCUGAAAAUGUUUAAAAUUUCAAAAAAACUCUCCUAUUGGCUGGCUGAAAUUUCCCAGCGAAUCAGAGAGCUUUAUUUUGUGACGUAACGCCGGGAGCCAUCAUCCCGCAUAGUUUUGAUCAAAUUGAGUUACGAAUUUGAUGAAUUUUCCUCGGAAUUUUCGCAAAAUUAACUCGUUUAAAAGUGAAAAAAACACAAUAUAAAAGUAUUACAGUUAUUUCUUACCAUAGUGAGUUAGUUUUUUUAAUGAAUUUCGAUGUUUAUGUACGAGUUUUUCGUCAUUAAGUUUGUGUAUACAGUUUUAAAUUUGUAUUUACUUGCCAACCUUGGGGAUAUAUAUUACACGGCAAAAAACGUCGAGCCGCUGCUCAACAGGAUUGAACAAUGUUUUGCUGCCCACGUUGUUCACACUUGUCAACAAUAUUGAACAAUGUCGUUGAGCCUGAAUCGGGUGUAAAAAUAUUGUUCAAUAUUGUUGACAGCUAUGAACAAUGCGGGCAGCAAAACAUUGUUCAAUCCUGUUUUCAACAAUAUUGCAUCAACCUGAGCGUUUUCACGCGUGUACUCGGCAAAAAACGCCGAGACCGUUGCUCAACAGGACUGAACAAUGUUUUGCUGUCCACGUUGUUCACACAUGUCAACAAUAUUGAACAAUGUUGUUGAGCCUGAAUCGGGUGUAACAGUACUGUUCAAUAUUGUUGACAGCUAUGAACAAUGUGGGCAGCAAAACAUUGUUCAAUCCUGUUUUCAUCAGUAUUGCAUCAACCUGAGCGUUUUUACGCGUGUACACGCGUAAAAAUCAUCAUGUUGAUGCAAGUUGUUCAAAACAGGAGCGAACAAUGUUGUGCUGCACCCCGUGAACAAUAUUGUUAACAAGUUGUUCAACCAUCAAUAUUGUUGCAACUUGUUGACAAUCAUGUUAACAAGUUGCAACAGUACUGAUGGUUGAACAACUUGUUAACAAUAUUGUUCACGGGGUGCAGCACAACAUUGUUCGCUCCUGUUUUGAACAACGCCGAACAACAUGAUCAAUUUUUACCCGUGUACAUAAUGACACAACGCUAUUGUGAUGUUGCACGUACUUCAUGUAAUACAAAUAUAGAGGUUUUACUGUACAUUGAAGCAUUGCAUGUCAAGGCAUUGCAUUUUAAAGCAAAUUGUAUGGAUUUUUUUAAUAAAAGACCUUUUCGGGAGACCUAUGAUAUGAAACAACUAUAAAAACAAGGCAGCAUAUAAUUUCAGUGUAUCUUUAAUAUUCAUUCCCUUUUUUAUUAUAUUGAAUUUUUUACAUAGCCAGAAAUAUGUGAUAUACAAGUCAAUGAGUAAUUGACUUGUAUGUCGCAUAUUUCUGGCUAUGAGAUUUCAGCGGUAGUUUAACGAUAAAAACAUGCGCAUAUGACUUAAAAGCAUGUUAUUAAAGACAAGCAAGAAACGAGCUUCGAUAUUCCGGCGCCUCUGUCCGAGUUAUGGGCCUAUGGCCAUGCUAUUGGAACCAAAACGAAAUUUUUACCGGUCUUGGAUGCUCUUAACUACCUUCAAAACAACAAGGCAGGGACAAGAGAAGGGAACAAUAUAUUUCUUCGUUUUUAUAUCAUUCAAAGCCGUACGAACCUUAUCUUGCCGGAACACGCUUCGCAUGUAGGAAUUUGUAUUGUCUAUAACGCGCAGCGAAGGAUCUUCACAGGGUAUUUUGCAAUUGUUCAUGCUUUUUGUUAACUAAUUCACUACGGUCUCGCUGGUGAUUUUCAAUUUCUCAGGGACAAGGUUUGUCGACUUCGAGACAGCACAAUUUUAGGCUCAGUUUGUUCGCUAGCAUUUGUUUGACCGAAUUCGAUCUUCGCAUCUCAGGAAUUAGUAUUGUAUUGUUGAAUUAGUAAUACAAUUUACUAUAAAUAUUGGGAAUCAGGCACGGGUGAUCACUUUAUGUCACGUAAUCACUAUGUCGCUCAUUUCUGGCUAUGAAAUAAAAAAGAAAGCAAAGUUAUUUGCAUGCGAGAAUUUGAAAUCAUUUUAUUGCAAACUCAAAGUUUAUCGAUAUUUAUAUUUAUUUAGUUUUAUAAAGAACACUUUCAGAGGCGCCGGAAGUCGAUAAUUGCCACAGGGAGCAGAGGAGUCGAGUUUAGCUAGUAAAACAAGACAAACACCAUCUUACCUUGUCAAUUGUAGUAUAUUUCAUUGUAAAAUCCCAAUGUUCGCAUUAAAAAUGCAUAUUUAUUCAUCAAAAUUAUCGAAUAUAAAACCAAAAUAUGAAUUUUCAACAUUAAUAUACUCCGCUGCCUUGAAUUACCGUAGACUUGUAUUUUCCGAAAAGCUAACGAACAAUGGCCGAGAUAUCAACGAAUAAGAAACGAAGAAAGGGAGGAAACAUUGCAGAUCUUUCGUCGCAUGUGCACCGCAACACCCUAUGACGGAAGUGAAUAAAACCGGCCAUUGACCAAUGACGAAGCAGAACUUCAUUUGACAGUUGUAAUUAGUAUUCGAAAAAUUUGAAUCAAUCAUGCAUAAACACGAAGCAAUACGUCACUUCCGUCAUAGGGUGUUGCGGUGCACAUCGUACGAAAAUAAUCGAUGAAUAUCGAUCGUCAAAUAUGUAGGUUAAACGACCGUUUAUUGAAAUUUAUUUCCAAGUGUAGUAAGAAUAGAUAAUUUCUAGCUUGUAUACAAAAAAUUAUGUUUUUUUAUGAAAUAUUAAGCAAGUUAUAGCCAUCCUAAAAUAUCACCCCAAUGACUGUUUCCUCCCUUUCUUCGUUUCUUAUUGUUUACUAAGUAUAGCGAAAUGUGAGCCCACAAUAAUUGUUACAUGAAAUUACAUGAAGUACGAAUAAAAAAUCAUACAAUGUUUAUAAACUUUAUAUGUUUCACGACAAUUUCAAAUGAAAGAUAUUACAAUUAACAAGGUAAGAUGGCACUUGUAUUGUUUUACCAGAUAAACUCGACUCCUCUGCUCCCUGUGUAAUUGCGGGGGCAGAUAUUCAUAUAUUCGUGUUCUGCCCAAUUAAUUUCUUUUGAAAUCAAUUGUUUUUACAGUCUGUAAACACGAAUAUAUGAAUAUCUUCCCCCGCAAUUAUCGAUAUUCCGGCGCCUCUGAACACUUUAGUUUUAAAGCGCGUUUUGGUUGAAUUUUACCUUAAAUUGAAGCUCAUAUUACGUAUAAUAUCAUACCUUAAUUUACAUAUAUAUAUAUAUAUAUAUAUAUAUAUAUAUAUAUAUAUAUAUAUAUAUAUAUAUAUAUAUAUAUAUAUAUAUAUAUAUAUAUUGGGAAAUUUAUAAUUUUGUAAUUGAAAGUGAUAUUUUUAGGCCAUUUUUCAUUUGUAAAAAUAUUCUUAAAAAAUUAUCGUGUUACCAUAACAACUACAUUAGAUAUUUCAUGUUCGGAAAAUACAAUGGUUUUGUCAGCAAGGCAAGGGUUUCUGCAUGCAUGUAUUUUCUAGUUACUAUAUAAUACAAUUCGGUUAUGCUGGGUCAUCAUGCAUCUUAGCUCUCCCAACUAAUGGUAUCUCUUCCAUCCUCAUCCGCGAAAAGUCCAAAGAAAGGCAUUAGAUUCUGCUUGCAGAACUAUAUGCUCGAAUUGCCAGUGUUACAUGUAUGUUGGACAUCAUUGGCGAAGCCAGCUCAAAUGACUUGAUCAUGCUAAAUGUUUCGAGGGCCGAAGGCAUGUCCCCCAGUAAAAUUUUGAAAAUUAGAACCCUGAAAUGGCAUUUUCUGCGAUUUACGCAUUGAAUUUUGCCAUCCAGUUUCUUUAUUAACUGUUUUAUUAUGAAAUGGUUCCUAUUUUUUAUGGUGAAUUCAUUGGUGUUCUCCAACUUCCCAUAUACCGUACGCACAGAUUCCUGGAGCUAGGAUAGUUUUAAGUGUUUUCUGACUAGAAAAUUCCCGUCUAAACUCGCGUUUACGGGAUAUUGAAGGGCUAAUAUAUCUUCGCCCGGUUUGUAUGCACACUAUAUAAUAUAUUUUCUUACUGUUAUUUCUAUAUGCAUGUGUCGCGUUAUCGAGCCGUUCCAAUUAUGAUUAAAAUUGGCGGCAAUUUACAAUAGACUCGCUGUUGGCUGCUAAGCAAAUGUUCUUUGCUUGUCCUUGAGUAUAUUACAAAAUAAUCCUUUCUUAGUAUUUCUUUGCGGUUUUCCCAAUAUGAAACUAAAAGACCGUCCAGUAUGUAGAUCUUGCGUUGCGACGUCGCAAAUGCAAUGCACAAAGAAUAAAUAUACAAACUCGUAUACAAAGAUAUCUAUCCCAUUGAUUUUGCAACACAAGCUCUUGCAGCUGUUCAUUAAAAUUACAUGCAUUUGUUAAAAUACACUCACUCUGAACUUUAUCGAAUUUAUAUCGGCAAUUAGAUUGGUAAAACAAACUUAGCCCCCCACCAAUCUGGGAGACACGUGAACGGUCUGGACCAGGGUCUUUCCUCCAGCAAGGCGCGUAGUGGAAAGAGCAUGGGUACUAGGUUGGGGCCGUUAUAAGAUCUUAUAAUUGGCGACAGUUGUUGCGUGUUCCCUGCCGCGCACGCGUCACUGCAUGUAUUGCAAAUGUUAAAAAAUGUAAUUAUAGUGUGAUAGAUGUAAUUGGAGAAGUUUACAACGAAAAAUCAUUGUUUUGAAUGUCACUUAUAAUACCACGUAUAAUACGUAAAAAAUUCCAAAAUAAAAUUAGCCGUAGUAUUUCUAAAUUAAACCGGUAGGUCCUUAUGGCCCCGAAACGCAUAGCCUUGUCACAAACGGUACCUCACGCUUAAGAACAGCUUUAAUAUGGAAAUUGUUGCAAUUUGCUGUUCCUUUUGCUUCUGCAUGUGUGAGUUGUUGUGCACUUGCUGGUGGGCAUUGACUGCAGCGAUUUGAUGUGCGUGAGAGUGUUAGUGGAAUUUAAACUUUUCAAUUGCGUUUUUCCAAUUGUUGAACCCUUUUGAAAUAAAUGUUGGUUACUUCUUUACGUCGGGCAAACUCUGUUAUCCACUUAUCCCCAUAGCCUUUGCAUUUGAACAAUAAAAACAGAUAACAUUUUUCAAAUCGGGAUCAUAUAAUAAUGAAUCCGAUCCAGGCAUAAUCUUCAUUCCAAUAUUUUUGAAAAUAAUGUGUUCGCGAUGGUUUCUUUUGAGUAGGGACAACUGAUAGAUCAACGUAAGUGCUCAAGAGCAAAGCGGUUGCUUAUGUGCAGCUGUAACUUCCAAGCAGUAAAUCGUCAGAACCAGAUGCUUUAUAAGAUUGUUCGUCAAUUCGUUCGUCAGAAAUUUGUUAAUCAAAAGGUUGUUUGUUAGAGUUUGAGGAAGAGAGACUUGAGAUAGUUCUGGUUUGUCCCCCCCCCCCCUCUCAAUCUCCUCAGGAUUGACGCCCUUGCAUGGGAAACUGCAUGUGCAUGGAAUGAAUGGCUUCGCGACAUAAACAAUAAACAAGAUCACUUGUUUCCAAAUACAUUAUUAGAAAAAAAGAAUGAGAUCCAUUAAAAGAUCGAGAGAGAACAUUAUUUCUACCGAGUAAAAAAACAAUAUCAAGAAUGAUUCCAGUUUAUUUUUGCAAAGCAGGAAAGACGUAAAGGCGUUUAUAUUAUACUCUGUAGCUUUUCUUCAUAAUAUCUUGAUAUUCAUUAAAACUGCGAUAAUUCCUUCAUUUCUAGGUGAACACGAAUGGGGUGAUCUCUUUCCUACGCCAGGUUUCGCAAUACACACCAGAUCCAUUUCCACUUGGCAAUGAUCGCCGUCUCAUCGCACCGUUCUGGGCGGAUGUCGAUACUAGAGAGGGUGGUAUUGUAUAUUACAGAGAAACUCAGGAUCCUGCUAUUCGAGUACGAGUUUCCAAUGAAAUUAGAAAAUACUUCGUUCGCCAAAGAAAGUUUUCAGCAAAGUGGGUCAUGAUUGUGACGUGGUUGAAUGUUGCUCGCUUCGGUGGAAGUUCUUCUUCAAAUGUAAGAUUGCAAUUAAAUUAUUUAGAAAAGUCAAGUGGGUAGAUGGGGUUCCAUGUAUCUUCCGGAUCAACCUUAAUUGGCGUUUCUAUAAAAUCACAAUAUAAUUUAAUUGCAAAUUUAAUUUGCAAUAUAGAAUUGCAAAUUAAAAUAUUUAUCACAAUAUGCGCCCAAAUAUAUACAGCAUUACCGGCCAUAUUCCAUAAAUCAUAAAUUGUCUAUUAAGAUGUGAUUAUUAUAGCCUUUUCACUCUAAGCCUUCUCUUAGAGCAUGAGCUUAUUAAACUUGCUCUAUGCUCUGUAAGCCUGGUAUAUAUACCUGCGGUAUACCUGUCGUUAGAAGUUCAAUCAAAUAAUUGACAAAAGAAGGUAUGCAUCAACCGCUGUAAACAAUGAUAGCGCAGGCCAGGCAUACCACAGCCAUACAGUAUGUGAAUCAGGCUUAUCCCACCAUCACAACAAAGAAACAUAUUAUGUAACCUGAUUAUAAUUAAAUUUGUUAAUUCGCAUGGGGACAGUUUUUCGAAAUCUGGUUCUUGGGUUAAGGCCCUGUCACACUAUUGCGUAUCGUACUGGCGUAUGUCAGCGUAUAACAAAUAUCACCCAUACGCCGGUAUACGCUGACAUCGCUAAGGGUACGUUAGGCAUAGGUUGUAUACGUUUCAAGCACGGUCGCGCAUACGGUGGCAUACGCUGGCAUACGGCUAGGCAGAAAAUUUUUUUUAAGCAUGCUCAAACAUUUUGGGGGUAUUCGGACGUAUCGUUUAUACGAUAGGCAUACUCUAGGCACACGUUGAAUACGCUAGAGGUACGCCAGAUCUACGGUACUCAUACGCUUGCAUUUCAAAGGACUUUUGUGCGUAUAAAAAUUAUUUCAUUAAUUUUGAUACGCUUCUCAUACGUUUCUCUCAUACGCAAUAGUGUGACAGGGACUUUAGUGAAAUUGUGAAAUCAAACUUCGCAACAGAUUGUUUAUGAAUUUAGAAAUUAUAUUUUCCCCAAACCGUUUCCGGAUCAAUAGAAGUCUUAUUUUCCGAAGUUUGGAAAUGUACAGGCUUGCACAAAUAAUUAUGCAAAUAAAAAACCCAGUGAAAUUUUAAUCAUUAAAGGUUAGCAAUAAUCGUGCAUGCUUUGAAUAAUCGACCCCUGAAAGUUAGGUUCAGGUUAUUUAGUGUAUUGAGAUAACUCACUUAGCUACAUGGUAUGGUUUAUGUUACAAGUACUAUACAGUAUAUUUUGCAAUACAACACAGCUUCUGAUAUUCUAAAUAUUGCAAAAUACUCACUUACUUUGAUAAUUAUGCAGAGUUUAAUUCCAUUGUUAUUGUAUAUAAAAUGAACUUCCAGUAUAUCAACUUCUUUUCCGAACACCAAAGAAGUUUUUUUCCCCAUAGAAUGCAUUUCAGACCAUAUUGGCAACAGAUGGUAUAAAUUCGUUUUCAAUUUUUUACUACAAUAAAAUUGAAUGGACCUUUGGUACUUCAAGCAGUGUCCCUGCCCAGGUAAAGGACAAUAAUAUGUACUACAAUAUUUCCGUACAUAAUUUAAUAAAAAUAGUAUUUAAUCAUUGACUAAAAUAUUUCCGUAUUUAAUGUAAGUUUGACUGUCGUUUGAAGUUUGACUGACAUGUCGUUUGAAAUCACAUUUUCUUUAUUCUAGGCUGGUUUUAACGCAGGUGACGGGUUUAGAUAUUUCAAUAUUCCAAACUCUCGCAAUCCUGCAAUUAUCAACAUCACUUCAACAUCAAACUAUCAAGAUCCCGGGCUGUGGAUAUUCCAAGUCGAUGGGGAGUCUGUUGAAAAUCAUGGUUGCACAUCAAAUAGUGGUACAAUUUUUCUCGACUGUAGAUCUUUUCAGUUAACAAUACUAACGAUUUGAAGUUUUAAUACCUUGCACCUCCAAAACGACUAAAUGCAGUUAUUAACUGAUACACAGCAAAGGAGCUUUCAUUAUUUAUGUCGAGUAGUGGGAGGGGGGCUGGCAACACUCAGAUAAUUUUUAGAAUAUUUCUAUAACCUCCCAUUCUUGAGGGACAAUAUAACAAACAUACUUGCAGGGAAGUGAGUCCGGGAUUGGACGCACCGAGGGUGGCUGGAAGCUGUCACCGAGCGAAGCGAGGUGAGUUCGGGUGCGUCCAAUUCCGGAUUCACCGAACCUGCACGUAUGUUUGGUUUUUAUCACAUGCCAUUUCAGCAAAAAGUACUGGAGAAUUUACGCAUUUUAGUAUAUAAUUAAUUCUUGUUUGUGUAACGAACAUUUUAUCCGCCAACAAUCAACAUACUACGCGAACAGACAAAGUUAGGCUUAAAUUAAAGCUCAGUAAAAAAAAUUCUCUACAAUACUCCCUUACUCUUGAAAAGAGAAAAUGCGAAAUGAAAGAAAAUGCGAAAAUUCUGCGAAAACAUUGCCAAGUGAACCUGCCCGUGCCGAACAAAUUUCGUGCGGCCAUCUUUCUUCUCUUCCACUUUGAAUACAGAAUAUUCCAUUUUCAUCACACAAAAUAAAAAACUAAUAAUUGUAAAACAAUUAAAAACAGUUAAUAAUUUUUUAUUUAAAUCUUCAUCUGAAAUUUGUUCAAAUCGCUUCAUAAUGGCCGCCGAAACAUCGAUCUCUAACCCACCUCCUAAACAUACGUCAGCAGGCGGGUUCGAUAUUGAACGCACCUCCUCGUAGCCAAUAGGAAAGCCGCUAAUACGCUAGGUAAGAGAUAAAAAUUUUAACAGUCUCCCCACUAAGAAUCAUAAUUGCAAUCUAAUAUUAAUGAAAUAUUUUAAAAGAAGCACCAUGCAGAUAAUAUUAUUUAGUACAGAAAAGGGAUGGGGUAUUAAACAUGUAAUGUGUUUGUAUAAAUUAUAUCACCUCUCAAGAAUAUUUCUUUAUUACCUUCCCCGGCAACUUUUGACUUUUUGAAACCUCUCCCAUGUCUGUCUAAGAAAUUCUUAUAGCUCUCCCUAUUGUGUUUCAGCCCCCCCCCCCCGACAUAGUCAAUGAACGCUGCCCAAGAUAUAAUGUCAAGAAACUGAAUCAUCUUCCGACUAAUUUACUAAUGGCCAAACUAACGAAAUAAUAACAAAUUAGUCAGAAGGUGAUUGGAUAUUUCUUAAAUUCCUAAAUAAUCUGCGGAAGAUUUAGAUUAGUAUAACUGAAUUAGUCUACAGGUAUCAACUGAUAUACAUCACAGUCUACUUUCCAAUAUAUAGUCUAUACCUAAUGAAUUCUUAAAUUUGUCUGACGAUGAUAUACAUUGAUAAGUAAAUUAGUGUGUGAUGAUCUAAUCGACAACUUAAUAUCUUAAAAUAUGCCUAAUAAUCACAAUAUGAUUAUGCUCCAUCAAACUUUUCCUUUGAUAGUCAAAACAACUAUAUAGGCCUAACUGAUAUUAACGGUAUAAAAAUUAUAUCCCGUAUAUAGGUCUGGUACUCUCACCGAGAUCAGGAAUCGAAUUAGGAGGAACUGAAAUAUUUAUUGGUGGACCUUGUUAUAAACCUGAUGAUCAAAUUGUAUGUCGGUUCAACAAGGCUAUUGAGGCAGAUGCUGUGUAUGUCAGUGCAGAACUAGCGUAUUGCAUCACUCCACCAUUAUAUGUUGUUGGUCGCAUCUCAGUUGAGUUGUCAUUGGAUGGUGGUGCAACAUUUAACUACACGGGCACCUUCAGAUCAAGUGAGUUCACUUUUGAAGUUUUCUUUCAAUAUGUAUUUUACUAUAAUAUGCAAAUAUUUAUAAAGCAUGAAUUUUACCAGUUAAUUUGCUUGAGAAAUUGACUUUUAUAUUGUACUGUACGUAGUAUAUGACAUCGACUUACGUCAUGAAGUGUUUACUUUUUAUUUUUGAAUUAUUAUUAUUUUAUUUUUUUAUUAUUAUUUUUUUUUAUUAUUUCAUGUAUUUUAGGUGUUUUAUGUGUUAUUUUAUGUAAGCACAUAUUAUGCUCAUGUCUAGCUCAUAUCAAGUAGGAAUAUUCUCAGUCCUUCGAAUUAAUCCGAGUGGAUGUUGCUUGAUAAACGAAAUCGUUUGCAAAUUUAGUGUACAAGUCGCAUACUCCAUAUCAUUAUUCUUUCUACUGUAUUUCUUCGAAUGGUGUAUUUCAUGCAUUCAUGCAUGGUAUCACAGUGAUCACGGUGUGUGUGUUUGGAAGUGGGGUUUGGGGAAGGAGGCACGGCGAGGCCUAUACUGUAUAGUGGUCAAAUUAUUUUAACCAUAUCGUUGCCAGAGAUUUGCCAGGCAGAAAACGAAUUCUUAUGAUAAAUAUGAGGGCCCAAAAUAUAACUUUUAACAAAAUCAUUAAAACAGUACAGUUAAGAUUUUAAAGAAUUUUUAUUGUAACGUUUCGUCAUUAACUUAAGACAUCUUCGGACUAGAUAAAAUUACAUGAGAUUUGAAAAUAUAUAAGUUAAUUAUAAUCCAUUUACAAGGUGUUUAUUAAUUAUGUUACUAAGGAUAAUAAAGGAUAAGAGGGUGUAUGAUGACAGGACGAUACAAGUGAGGAAACAAAACAGACACAAGACAACGGCAAAUUACAGGAGGUUAAGCGAAAUAGAGCCUCUAUUCCGCUUAACCCUCUGUAAUUUUAUAGAGCUGCCCUGGACGUUAAGAGAGGGUUUGAGCUUAGAUAGAAGAAGGCUUUCGUGAAUCAAUAAUUCACAAGUGACCUGUAGUAUUUAAGUGAGAGAAAAUACUAGACAUGACUGGACUGGAUGACGGCUGUCCUGUUAUAGGAGUGAGUUCCAGGUGUUCCGAUACUCUGGGGUGUGAAUGGCGCAUGGUUUGACCCAAAUACGACGCGGAACAGCAUCGACACUUAAAUAAGUAUACAACACCAGAUCUCAGAAACUUAGGAACUUUCUCCUUGAAAGGAGAGAAAGAAGAGAUGCGUUUAGAGGAGCGAAAGAUAAAUCGAAUGUUGAGAUGAGGAAACAUAUCAAUAUCUUUUCUCGUUUAUACUCGGCGAAAACGUCUUAAUGUCGAUGGCUCGUAUGGUCCGUGUAUCAUAAGCUUUAGAGUUUCAAUUACUGGUCUCUUCUAUGCAUGAAUGCUUAUGUAGUUUCAUGUAUUGGCGUAUUGCCAAAAGCUAGGAAAAUAUUGAUCAAAUUGUGAUUGACUAGAUCUUACAAGUACUUACGUCACGCCAUUUUUAAUACAGAAGACUUCUGGAAUGCGCGGAGCACUGGGGAAUACUUUUGGGUCAAUAAUUCUUUUUUCAAUGUCAUGUGACGUAAGCAUCUCUCAGGUCAAUUUGGAUGAAAAUUUUAUGAGAGGUUUCGAUAAUACAUGAUUGUAUAUAAAUAUAUCCAAGUGUGCAUGCUCGUCAUUGACAAAUGUUUAUAAUAUCUGAAGGGUCUAGAGUGUAAUUAUAUGUUUCCAAUUUUAGUUCCUUUGGGUAGAAAUCCUCCAGAUAUACAAGGGUUAGAAGUGGAACACUGGGCAAACUCGACCAAAACGAUCUUAACCUGGAAUAAAAAUGCAAUCAACGCAUCACACGUGGACAUUGAAAUAUCUCUUUUUGAUACCUUUGAGUUCCGUAUUCAUGAAGCUAGUUUGGUAAGCUUUAAACAUGUCCCUAAUUCUGGGAACUACCAUCUUGAUUUCAGCGAGGAAAAUAUUUUAUCAAAUACAACGUAAGUAUAUGUGAAAUUAAACUGCGCGAGCACGACUAUAGGAACUUAUUGCGCAUUUUCGAUCAAAACGAUUGAAAGUCUAAAAUAUGUUUGCCUUUAGGCUUCUACAGAUUAUGCUACGAAAAUGCUGAAAUUGUGCUCUAAAAAAGCUAAAAAGUUGCUCAAAAGUUGCUCGAAAAUUGAAUAAGUUGCUCAAACGUAGCUCGAAAAUUGAAUAAGUUGCUCAAAAGUUGCUCGAAAAUUGAAAAAAAGUUGGCCUAAAAUGUCAAACGUUUCUCGUAACGAACAAGACAUACAUGACGCUUCUCCCAGCAUUAGCAUUUCAUCGCUUUUUCUUCAUCAUAAAUAUUGUUGGGUCAUAAACAAAUCGCUUACAAGUGAAAAUAAUAUUUAAUUUUGUGUAUGAUAUACUGAAAUACUAUUGAAUUCAAUGAAUAUUCCUAUUUUGGUCUUAUUCUGUGGUAGCAGGUCGCGAAAAUGAGGUAACUUAUUUCUCAGCGUUUUUCAGUAAACUUUUCUUCGGUUUGGAACAUACUGCAGCUAUGAAUAAUCUAUAGACUCUACUUCUCAUAUGUAUUUAUAAAAAGUGUAUUGCUAUUAGGCACAUGAACUUUCGUGAUAUUUUCAAACUGCACCAUUGUUGGGUUUGAUAAACAGUCAUAAACUGAGCUUGCAAACUGGUCUGAGCAGCCAGCAAUUAUCAAAUUAAUGUGACUUGCAGUUAUGGGGGUUGUUAUGGAUGUUUGCAAAUAUGUCAAGCUGCUGACUGCCAUAGGAUCUCCCAAACUGUAGAAGUAAUGAUAAGCUAAAAAGUUCGUCAAAUGGCCAAGGAUAGGGAAAAUAUUUUGGAGCCUUGUCGUGCUAUUCUUUCAUAUGACCAAGAAAACGAGCUUGACGAGAAUAUGGAUCAAAGCAUUCAAGGCUAUCAAGCAUUUCUUUAUCUUUCUAUCAAUAAAAUUAGCAACAUGCUGUCUAUAUUGUCAGAAAUUUCCAAAAAUUAUGCAUUUCCAGGAGGAGGUUGCUUGAAGUUGCUGAUAUCAUAAAAAGUUGCUUCAAAUGCAAAAAGUUGCCAGAAAUUUGCCGAGCAUAAUCUGUAAAGCCUAUUUGCCUUCCAAACAAGAUCAUUUAUCUCCGAACUAACGGGCGUAAGCCCGUGGCAAGGGUAUUAUUUCCGCACGGAUAUUUACACCCGGGAAAAGGAAGGCUGCUAGCGGUUUCAAAAGUGGGGUAGUGGGUGGUCAUCUCACUGAUAUCAAAAUAUGGCGGACUGCCAAAUGUGGAAUGAGUCAAAUGCAAAAAUUUAUGGGAAAGUCGUUUCAUACGAUGGGCUAUAAAGCGAUUUUUUAAAUUUUUGUUUUAAUAUAAAUGACAAGAAGAGAUGUAAGAUGAGAAAUGAUGAAAUAUAAAGCCAUUUUCUUCAUUUGUAAAUGUGUACUACGUUGUUUUCGGGUUUUCCAAUUGCCUCCUAAAUUGCUCUAUUUUAUAUUUUAAAAAAAAUAUAGAAUUAAAAAACUUAUAAAUUAUUUCCAAGGGCGAACUGUAUGAUUGAAAUUUUGUUGCAACUAAUAAAAAUACUAAGUUAAAUAGUUAAUCGGUAAAAACUGCCAAACACUUAAAACAACAUAUACAUUAUAAAGUUAAAUGAACAUUUCUUGAAGCGUUCAAGGUUGAAUAUUACCGUAUUAAAUUCAAGCUUAUAGAGUGAAAAAUAACAUACCUGCUUUAUAUAUUUUAGAAAUUGAUAGUUCGACAGUUUUUCCCGUUUUGCACAAAAAAUGAAAAAUUAAAAACAGUGAUCGUGCAUUCGUGUUUCAAUGACUAAUAUAACACCAACAACACCUGCCUGCGUUUAUUGGUGGCGUAAUUUAGAAUGUUUAGGAAAAUAAAGGCGAGGGUUUGAUGCAUGCAUGCAUGUAUUUCUAGUUUAGUAGCCGAUGCAUAGGCAAGCGUCUUAAGUUUUCGGUACGUCAAAAAUCUGAGUAACUCGUAUAGCCAGUAUAAUAUUGGACAGAAGUUUGGAAUGGCUUGGUCGCUUUUUAUGCCAAUUUUGUUUCUUAGUAAUAUGGGUAUGUUUACCCCUAAAUCAAAGAUUACCCAACAUUCAUGUCAAGAAAUCCAAGCCGACAUUGCCAACAAAAGUCCAUUUUAAGACGGAACACAGGAGCACAAAUUUUGCACAAUGUACAAACCCCAACGUCUGUAGAAAUCCAAUUACCUAUCUCUAAGUUACAACUUGUCGAGAAAUGUUUUUGAUAUAAAUUAUCAGAAUAGUUAAUUACAUUUUUUCCCUACAGGAAAAAACAACGAAAGAGAAGUUCGAAUACGGAAUCACCGAUUGCAAUUCUUAGCAUAACACCAUCGUUAGUUAGAGUAAAACGAUUUUUUCCAGUGCUUCCCAUCAUUUCUGGAGUAGCAAUUUAUAGUUCAACUUUUAUUGUUCGUUGGCUGGUUUCCCACCACAGUGAAGAAUUGUGCAACAAUUGGUAUGCUUCUCAAGAUACAGAUAAAAUCGCAAGAUUGCAAGGUAACCAAAAGCUUGUAGCCAGCUAUAUAAAGAAUAAUUUUUAAGUCCGUCACUAUGGGCACCAGCGAGCAUGGUGCGGAAAUUAAAAGUUGUAUUUGGAAUAUAAAAAUUUCUGUUGAAAAUUUAAAAUUGUAAUCGUUCUGAGGGAAAGUGUUCGGAACUUUAUGCAUUUUUCUGACCUGCGUUCAAAGGAGAAAACUUGCUUUCUAAACUUCAACUAUAUACAUUUUUAUCUGAAAAUUUAUUCUUACUCUUAUCCUUUGUCGGGGGUUAAAGCAGAUAACCUCAUCUUCACACCAAAUAUUUCUAGCAAGCAAAAUAAUAUAAUUAUUCCAGACUUUCCCUAUUCCUCAAAUUUAUAGGGGGAGGGGCACCUCAGUAAUUCUGAAUAAGUUUUUAUUGAAAUGUUCAGACACAUUCCUUCCAGCAAUAUUCAACAUUCUUGAAUCAAAUAUUCAUAGUCUUACAACAAAUUGAUUGAUGUUCCUAAUUUGUGUCACUCAAUUUAUUCGAACUUGGAUUUAAAAGACUAAAAGAAAUAAAUAAAUUAGGUCUUCAUUUAUAGUCUAUUCAUUAUUCUCAUAACAGACGAGUUACUACCAUGUGCAACAAGCUUUCAACAAAUAUCAGCCGAUGAUGAAUUUUUGGAAGAUUCUUGGAUAGAACGAAUAUUGAGCCAAUUCUUUCAUCCCGGCAGUACGUCCUGUUUUCGAUCCAGAAGCGCGAGGUACGGUUAAACUUACAUCUGCAAUUUUAAUAAGUAUUUACGUAAAAUAAUAUGUAAAGAAUAUCAUAACUGGCCCAACUGCAUGCCGGAAAAUAGAAGACUUAUUGUAUAGCUAUCAAAUGGUUUAUGGCGACUACAUUAAUUUAAGAUAAUAAAAGUUAUAUAAUUAUAUAGUUGAUAGCAUAAAAAAUGGCAUAUAGGCUACUAUAUUUUCAUAUGAAAAUAUAACGAAAAAAGUAAGCAAAUAUGUAACCAUUUUAAGCAAAUAUGGAACUAGUUAUAGUUUCAGUUACCUCCUUUCAAAACGUAACUAUGUAGUUACCGCUACAGUUACCUAAAACAGUAACGAUUACUUGUAAAUGUAAAUGUUUUAAGUCAUUACACACGUGCCAUGUUUCAUAUUUGUAUCAUGAAACACAUAGUUUUUAACUUGCUAAUAUUCAUAUUGGCCAAUUUCAUUUGGUACAAAUGAAUUCACUUUGAAUACCCUUUAUGUUUAUUACAGUCAAUCAGGUGCAGGUCAACAAUGUUGUUAUAAUGGUAAUUCAUUGAUAGUAGGACCUCCUGCUGGUGGUACACUGGACGUUGUGUCUCCUGACGAAAGUACAUGGGGUCACAUGAAACGAGAUGUAUUACCUUGGCUUCUUUGUUGUAAAUUCAGUCGGAACUGUGAGAAAUAUUAUCAAAGACGACCUUCAGACGAUGGCUCACGAUAUGAUCCUCCACAAGUUGGUAAAUAUUUUAAUUAUUAUUUCCGUUGCCUUGUUGUAUGUAGAGCUCAGUGUUUUGAGGUUAGGUCUGGUUUUAGGGUUAGAAUUUUGUGCUUAGGAUAAGUGUAACAAUAAUACAACGAAUUGUAUUAUAACAAUUUAAUAAAAGUUAUUACAUGUAGAAUCUCAACAUGUAGUCUCAAUCUCACUGUUACUGCGCAUGUCCGCUACAGGUAGCCCAUACUUUACACCAUCCUCCCUCUAGAUAAAACUAGGUCCCACAGUUUUUAAAAGUUCAUAUCAUUGUUAACAAACCAUUCUGGAGGUCUUCGUUCUCGCUGUGGUCUCUCAUUGUCGUUAGUUGGUUCAGGUUGCUCAGCCGGAUUAUUAUUAUCUUGUUUUACGUCUUCAAUUGGAGCGGCAACAUCUGGACCUUCAAUGACUAUAACUGCAGUAUCAGUUGCUGGCGACUGAGUCGUUCUCCUCUUCCUUUGGAUCCACCGUGUUAUUUUCCGCCGUGUCAGGUUCUCGGACGUCAUGAAACUGUUUCAAUUGAUUGUGGUGGACAACUCGUCCCUUGACGCGGACUUUCUCCCUUCCUUCGUACUUUAUCCGGUACACAACUUCUCCCAGACAACUACUCUGUUUAACUCCAUGCACCUUGCUCGUCUGAUUUUUCUAUCAAGCCACAACACUAGAUCCCUUGCCUUGUAAACGUUGGCCCUUGCCCAUCGAUCAUAUAAAUGUUACUGUGUUUUGUGCGCAGAGUGGAGAAUGUCAUUCGCGGUUUGAAAUGCUUUUGAUAGUCUGUUCUUUAGCUGCUGAGCAUACUCUGUGUGUAAUUCGACACGUUUCUCAUAUUCACCUGGCUCCGCAACGUCGUUCGGCAACCGAAGCUCCCUCCCAAACUCUAAAUAACUUGGCGUCAAUCCGGUGCUGCUAUGUACGGCAGUGUUGUACGGAAAACAUGACGAAGAUACGUAUAUAAGUCCCAGUGUCUUUGGUCAUCUGCAACUACUUUUGCGAACAUGCUGUUCACCGUGCGGAUACUUCCCUCCGAAGCGCCAUCUGAUUGGGGAUGGAAUGAUGUAGUGCGCUUAUUCCAAACUUCCAGGAAGUUACAGACAUCUUCAAUCGUUUUUGCUGAUAGGUUCUUUCAUUGAGCAUGGUGAAGUUGCUCAGGAGCGCCAUGGCCACCCAUCAAACACCUUCUUUGCCACAGUUUCUGAUUCCUUAGGGGGAACGCGUACUCCAACCAUUUCGUAAAAUUAAUGGUCAAUCAUUACGAGACAGUAGCGAUAUCCCCGAGGAAAUAAUUGAUAUUCUACGAAAUCCACAGUUUCACAAGUUCUCCUAGUAGCCGUGUUGUAAUUGGUUGUAGUGGUGCUCUGUUUGCUGGGACUGGAAUUGGUCUUUGUUGGCAGACUGCACUUCUUGCACCACUCGUCAAUUUGAGAACAUAUUUUUGGCCAAAGAUACCUUUCCUGUGACCGCUUUAAUGUUUUUGAAUAACCGAAAUGUCUUUGGCCAUCAUGCAACAUCUUCAAAACUCUGGAGGUCAAUUUUUGGGGAACUAUGAUAUACACUUUUCCGUCUUUGCUUUUACGGCGAAGCACUCCAUCAUCUCCAAUGAGACAGAAUGGUAGUUCCUUUGCAAGAGCUGCGUGUUUCUUGUCCGACGUUUUCAAUGUCGUUUAUGAUUCUAAACAAGACUUAAUCUUACUAA